CGUCGCGUGAUUCCCGACAGCCCAAAAGCUCUCCUGCACAUCAAUGGUGCGCAAGUGAAGCGAGCAAAGCAUUUUCGGCCGAGGCGAAGGAGCAACUCUCCACUCGGAUGGGCCACGCGAGAAGAAAAAGCAGCAGCAGCAGCAGUGGCGAAGAAGAUGGAGACGCCGAGUGGAAAGCCGCCAUCGAUUCCGUUGCCUCCGCCGACCCUUUCUUGACCAAGAAUUUCGCCGGCGAUACCUCGAAGCCGUCCUCGCGGAGCAAUGGUAAGCUCUCCGGACCGGUUCUUGAAGAAGACCCAGAUUCCAAAUGCAGACCCCAGUUGCCAAAGCACUACCAAAUCAAGGCACAAAAGCUUCUGGAUGACAUCGUAGAGAGAAACUUGGAAGUUGUGAGCAAUCCAGUUAACAUCCAAGAUAGUGACAGGGAAGAUGAUGGAGGUGGGAUUCAACUGUUUAGAACUGCACCCCGUGGUAUCAUGUUUGAUCGAAUUGAUGAACCCCUAGGACCAAAAAAGAAACCGAGAAUUCUACCCGGAGAAGAGAUCAUUGAGAAAUCAAAAAAGUUCAAGAGGCAACUCCAAUCAGUUGUUGUCGAUGGCUUAGAUGUAAUGGGUGCAGCAAAAGCUGCAAGCCAGAAGUCGUUGGCGAGAUUAGAAGCGAGAGACGCGGCGGCAAAAGCAGCUGCGAAAAGGGAGGAAGAAAGGGUUGCGGAACUGAAGAGGAUCAGAGGGGAGAGGUGGCUACGUUCUAUCGCUAAAGAAAUGCAACUUGAGCGUCAAGGGCAAAUUAAUAAAGUAUGACGCUUCCACAGUUGCAUGACUCUUUGAUCCACUCACAAAUGCUUGUAUCAUCAUUUUGCACAUUCCAGUUUAUUUUUCCUUUCCCUUCAUGUUUGGUUCUGGUGAUUAUCGGCGCCAUCUGCUGUCUGAACAUUUGCUUGUCUUGAAGCUCACAUUUCCAUUUAUGUUUCAAAUAAAUGUCAUCUUUCGAA